CUGCGCGUGGUCUCGGUGGGCUGCGCGUGAUCCGCGUGCCGGUGUCGCGUCAUGGCUGCGCGCGACGAAGACGGAUUAAGAAAACCUUCCAAACCCGACAGCACUAUUUCUGAAGAAAAGGAAAGUGAAAAUCUCCCUAAAACAGAAGAGGAGCAGAGAAAGUGGAACGUCGAAAAUAACUGGGGCUUCUCAUUAGAGGGAAUAUUCGGCCUCGCGCUUAAAUUUUUUAAAGAAAUGAAUGGCAAGGCUUUCAAUCCAACAUACGAAGAAAACCUGCUGUUUGCUGCACUUCAGAAACAAAUCUUCCUUGGCCCUUAUAAUCCAAAGGUUUGCCCUGAGAUUGGGUUCUUUGAUGUCCUGGGGAAUGACAGAAGGAAAAAAUGGGCAGAACUGGGCAGCACAGUUAAAGAGGAUGCCAUGGAGGACUUUGUGAAGCUUCUGAACUCCUGCUGUAGUCUGUUUUCUCCAUAUGUCACAUCUCAUAAGAUCGAGAAGGAGGAACAUGAGAGAAGAUUAAGAGAGGAAGAAGAGUGUCUCAGGCUGGAAAAACAGGAGCGACGACAGCAAGAAGAAGCACAGCGUUGGGAAGAGGAGAAGAGGAGACAGGAGGCUGAUCGCUUACUAAGCAACCAGCAGAAGCAACAGGUCACGGUUGCUCUAAAUGCACAGACACCAGUGCGGCUCCAGCAGAAUGCAGAGGGACUGUCCUCCAAAAGCUCAGAACAGCAGCAGCUACUCAUCCAACAAGAGUUUAUACAGCAAGCCCCCCAUACACACCAAUUCAAACAGCAGGACACAGCUGAAGCCCCAUCACUGGAUUCAGAUGGCAUGGCUUCAUUUACAAAUCCCAUCAGCCAGUCAGAGUCAUCACAAAGGAAAACGUCUGGAGCAAACCCUGAACAAUGCCAUUUAUUCAUAGAGAGCAAACCAGGAGAUGUACCCAUCUUGGCGCCAUCCAUGUGGACGAUGCCUCAGGUAAAUGAAUUUAAGGAGAAGACGCAGCAUGAUGCAGAGUCGGUGAUCACUGUUGGUAGAGGCGAAGUGCUAACCGUGCACAUCCCCACUCAUGAUGAUGGCUCUACAUUCUUCUGGGAAUUCGCCACUGAUGACUACGAUAUUGCCUUUGGCUUGUACUUUGAGUGGCCAAACACAGUAAAUGGUGUGAGAACUGAGACGUUUUUGGAGUCUGUGUCUGAAAACCAAGAGGGAGGUCAAGCUGAAGAGGUAAAUCGAAAGUCCGAGACGAAAUCCAGAAACGUAGUCCCUCAGGUUAGCGAGGUGGUUCCACUCUUUCGGCAGGACAGCCACGAGAAUGUGUACGCAGGCAGUCACCGCUACCCAAGCCAAGGAGUUUACUUGCUCAGAUUUGACAACUCCUAUUCGCUCUGGAGGUCAAAGGUUGUGUAUUACAGAGUCUACUACACCAGUUAGAUUUAUUACAGACACACCUAGUCUCACAAAGCUUGAGCACUAAACUCCUCACACACAUCACUGAUUCAUUAUUUAAACAGUUAUUAAUAGGCUUUCAGAGAAGUUAAAAUGGUUACACAAACACCACUGUGCAUGCGGUUUGGCUUAAACUGUGCUUAUUUAUUUAUUUAUUUAUUUAAUAAAAAAAGAGGGUGAGAUGGAAGGCUAGGGGCAAAGUUCUGUGCUGCUCUGUUUACUAGUGGCUUCUGCACGGCAAGAUUCAGAAUUAUGCAUUAAAAAUAACCAACAUGAAGGAAGCAAUAUAUUCUGAAAUGCUAUUAAAUGUUUGUUUGAAUUAUUCUGGAAGGAAAAAUACUGCCGAUUUUCAUUAUUAGGGUUGUGUUGUGUUGAGCUUUAAAGAAAUCCAGUGCAGUAGAAGGCUAUCUCAAAGGGCAAUACAUAGAAAUGUGCAAAUCUAAUCAACAGUCUUCCUACUUGCAGUUUAGUAGGAGGCUGGAGUAACAUGGAGUACUGUACCAACAAGCUAUAAAAUUGUUGAAUGCAUUUUCACAAAAGCUUAAUGCUUCAAACCAUAACAAAUGAUUCAUUAUAUUGAACUACACUGCCUUGGAUUUAGUAGUGUCAUAUUAUUUCCAUUUUAAAUAGUGGACUUUAAUGGUCAGUGUUUGUAAUUUGUAUUCGACCAAAAUCCUGAUGUAUACUUUUCCAGAACUUUGUCUUGAUGGUUAUUUGGACUUCAUGAUACUGUUUGUUUAGGUAUGUUCUCUAACAAACUCUGGGGCCUUCCAGGAACAGGUGAAUUUAUAUUGCGAUCAUGUGGCUUUACUUUACUUGUACACAGGUGAAUGCCGUAGUUAUUUAAAUUUUGGUGGCAACUGGUUGCACUAGAACUAAUUUAAGGGUUUCACAGCGAGAGGGGUGAAUACUUAUGGACACUUCUGGGGCGGCUGUGGCUCAGGUGGUAGACUGGGUUGUCCACUAAUCACAGGGUUGGCGGUUCAAUCCCCGGCCCACAUUAAUCCACAUGCCGAACUGUCCUUGGGCAAGACACUGAACCCCAAGUUGCUCCUGAUGGCAUUCAAGCACCUUGCAUGGUAGCUCUGCUGCCAUUGGUGUAUGAGUGUGUGUGUGUGAAUGAGAAAAAAUGUAAGGUUAAAAGGCGCUAUAUAAGUGUUUACUUAUGCAAUCACAACUUUUGCAUUUUUUUUUAUUUGUAAAAACUUUGCAAACUAUAUUGAUUUUCUGCACACCUCAAUAUUAUGGACUUGUGUAGAUUCAUGACAUAUAAUGGAAGCUAUUUCAGUUCCAGUUGAAACACUACAAAAUGUUAUUUUCAUCCCAGUUCUGUAGCCCAGAUCUACCGUAUUCCUACAGUGUCGUACCUACAGUACUUCUUUCCUUAUACUGUUUACUUUAAUAUUAACAAAAUGACGUUGACCAACCGCAACUACUGUACAACAGAUUUCUCAACAGCAUUCCUUUAAAAAAUGUUUUUUGUGUGUGUACGUUAUUGAACUGUAAUAAUUGUUUCCAUUUUAAAUGUUCCUCUGAAGAAAUGCUGUCAAACAAUUGAAAUUUGUUGUACUUUAAUGUUUGUCAUUUAUUUAUUAUGAUUACAUUUAAUGGUUAAAAGGUCCAAACUGUGAUUUUGUAAUUUAUGGACGACUGUCUAUAUGUAAAUAAAUCUUACUGGUUAGUGAUACUCAGUAUACAUCCUCUGUGUGUUGAAAUACAGGUGCAGCUCAAAACAUGUUAAUAUCAUGUAAAAGGCUUGAAAUAUUGCACUUUGUGUAAUGAAUCUAGAAUAUAUGAAAGUUCCACUUUUUGAAUUAAAUUAUGGGGGGAAAAAAUUAACUUUUCCACGAUAUUCUAAUUGUUUCAUCUCAACUGCACAGCUUUUUUUUUUUUUUGUAUGUAAGAACAUUUAAACAACACAAAAACAUUACGUUUCACUUAAUGUCUUGAACACAACAGACUAUUUAUCUGUGAAAGCCACAGA